UUAUCUCCGAAAAAAUCUAUUUUAUUACUACGAGACGAUAUCGCAUAUAUUACUCAUUGUCAGUAGUCGCAACCGCAUUAUCACGAAGAAAAAUAAAAACCUUCCAUUCUUAUUAAUAUGGAAGUGGGUUUUCGUUCUAUUAGGGUUUUGAACCGGCUUUUAAGGAAACCCCUUGGUAUUGCGACUUAUAAAAACGUAGCGGGAAGCACCGCUAAAGAUGAAGUUAACUCCGAUUUACUAAACGCCUUUAACAGAGAUAUUAAAAAUGGAGGAGCAGUGCCUGUUUUCCGCAGGGCAUUACUCUUUCCUCCAGGAUAGCUCUCCAGGAUGAAGUGGGCAUAUACACAUAUGCCGGACUCCAUCAGGCUGCAUCAGCUCUUUGCACUGAAAUCUCUAUGCAGCUGGUUGGCGAGACUGAAAGGACAAUUGCUUACAUGUGCAACAAUGAUGCAUCACACGUCAUUGUGCAGUGGGCCAUUUGGAUGUCUGGCAAUAUUGCCGUCCCCCUAACCCCGCUGCACCCUCCGGAAAUGCUCAAAUACUACCUACAAGAUAGUAUGUCGCACCUCGUGGUAUGUACACAAGAGUAUGAGAAACUGCUCCGACCAAUAACACUUGAGCUCUCGACUCCCUUACUAAUCACAGGGAAGGAUAAGGAGAUCACAGCUCAACUUUACCAGCCGAAUAGUGCGUUCCUGCAGCCGAAGAGUGAGGAUUCAAUAAAUGAUGUCGGAAGGUCCAAUGAUUGGUACGCGUCGAGAGAGGCGCUUAUUAUUUAUACGAGUGGAACGACGAGCAAACCCAAAGGCGUGGUGUGGACGCACAGCAUGCUUCAGACCCAAAUAUCUGCAUUGCACAGCGCGUGGCAGUACUCGUGUAACGACGUAGUGUUGCACACGUUACCGUUGCAUCAUAUACAUGGGCAGUUGAAUUCUAUGCUCGCAUCGCUGGCUGCUGGCGCAAGAAUCCGCAUGCUGCCAUCGUUCGUGGCUCACUCGGUGUGGGCGCGCCUGCUCGGCAUGGGCGAGCGCGAGGAGGCGCGGCCGAGCGUGAUGCACGGCGUGCCGGCGAUGUACGCGCGGCUCGCGGCCGAGCACGCGCGCCUGUUCGCCGACGGUCGCACGGCGCAGUACGUGCGCGCGUCGCUCGCCUCGCGCAUGCGCCUCAUGUGCGCCGGCUCCGCGCCGCUGCCGGACGCGCUCUUCAACCAGUGGGAGGAGAUAUCAGGCCUCCGACUUCUCGAAAGGUACGGCAUGUCAGAAGUGGGGAUGGCCCUGAGCAACCCCUACCGUCCGGUGGAGGAGAGGAAGGUGGGGUGUGUCGGCAACCCUCUGCCGGGCGUGUCGGCGCGGGUCGCCGUCACCAACACCGAGACCGGCGAGCUGGAGCCGCUGGUCACUGUGGAGUCCCCGCCGCCGGAGACUCAGAUAUGCCUCGACCGGCUCGGCGUGGCCGGCACCAAGGACUUCUUCGUGGAGUCAGACGGGUACGAGUGGAAACCGCCCACAGUGACUGUUCACAAGCAAAGCGACAACGGCAGCUACCAGGGCGAGCUGCUUCUCAAGGGACCUGCUGUGUUUAGUAGGUACUGGAACAGAGCGCCGAAGCUGAAGGCGCUGGACUUCACGGAGGACGAUUGGUUCCGUACGGGCGACACGGUGCAGUUCGACGGCACCUUCAGGAUCCUCGGCAGGACUUCAGUCGACAUCAUCAAGUCUGGAGGCUACAAGAUAAGCGCCCUUCAAGUCGAAGCCGCCAUACUGGACCACCCAGAUGUGGCCGACGUGGCAGUGCUGGGCGUGGAGGAUGAGACUUACGGAGAAAUUGUAUCGGCUGUGGUAGUCAUCAAAGAUAAAGCUAAAGUAACGUUCAAAGACAUAAAAGAUGCCGCCGGUAAGAAACUGGCUCCGUACCAAUUACCUAGGUCAUUGUUAGUGAUCGACCAAAUGCCUAGGAACGCUAUGGGCAAGCUAGACAAAAAGGAGAUAAGAAAGUUGUUCGGGAAACAGUUAGUGAUUGAAAAGAAAAUGUAGGAUAAGUUUUCAAAGCUGGCGUGAAAUAUUAUGGCAUCAGAUUAUGGAUUAAUUUGAUCUAUAAAUAUUUUGUAAUUUAUACUUUCUGAAUCAUAUUUAGAAUUGAUGUAAAAAAUUAAAAUUAAUUUGUGUGGGGGUCAUGACUCCUAUAUUUUUACUGAAUCCGCACCUGUGCUUGACCAUAGAUUGAAGAAAGCAGCAGUAAAAGAUUAAGGUAAAAGGACUACAAACUAAUAAAGAACAAAAUAUGCAGGAUAAGAAAAAAUCGUUAAUGGUAAAGUUUCGUGAAAGCAUCAUCAAUAAAUAGAUUAUUCAGAGAGGGUAAUAUACCUUUUCGAACAAGUUAAACUCAAAGUGAUUGUUUCAAAUUCAAAAACUCUUGGGUAGUUUAAAUAUAAAAACAGUAGGCUCUGUAUAAUUUAAUUGUUAAUUGGUAUACACUUAUAUACUUCAUAAGUCUGAAUUACAAACUGUCAUUUAUAUAUUUUUAAAUAAAUCGUCUAACCAGCCAAUAAUUUAAACAGGGCCCUCUAUUAUCUAUAAAUUGUAUUUAUUCCAUACAAAUCGUAGUCAAACACUUAAACAAGUAUAUAAACCAAGUAAACUCUUCUUAGGUACGCAGUUCUUAAAACGAAAAAUGGUAACCUAAUUUUAUUAACAUUAUUCCCAUAGGAAAUAAUACAGUACAGUGGGACGUAUUCGGUGUGAUAUUUUGGGUAUCAUAUGUGUAGUGAUAUAUACAAUUUACGAAAGGUAGAAAGACUGAGCGUCGGUACUUAAGUGUUCGUUGAAUAACCAAGGUAGUAUUGAUAAGUUGAUCGUUGACUACCGAUGUGAUUUUUUAUUGUUUCGAAUGACGAGGCGAGCUUGCAGUUCGCUUGAUGGUAAGCGAUACGACCGCCCAUAAAUAAUAGAAACAACAUCCAAUAUCUUGAAUUACAAAGUAUUGUUUGGUAUUCCACUGCGCACGUCAUCCUGAGAUAUGAGAUGUUAAGUCUUAUUAUGUCCAGUAGUUACACUGGCUAUAUGUCCUUCAAACCGUAACACAACAGUGACUACACACAGCUGCUUGGCGACAGAAAUAGACAUUGCGGUGGUUCCUCCCAGGCGGGCUCUCACAUAUGAGAGACCUACCACCAGUAAACCAGUACCAAAAUUAACUGUCUAUAUUUCCAUCGACAAUUUCUUCAUGAAUUGCCUUAAUCGUAAUUUAGGUAAAAUGAAUAGCAACUUUGUUCAAUUAGAUAUAGGCCGUGAAAUAAUUGACAGUUAAAUCGCAUCGCAACUUAACGAUCGUUAACUUAUAUCGAUACUAUCCCGUUGUUGGGUCGAGGAAAUCUCGUUUCUCUUUACCGGAAUAUGGAAUGUCAAGUGUAUGCCCCUUAUUCAUAAACGUUAUUUAUAUAAGGACGGAGUAUUUCUGUGAUAACAAGUCUGUUUCUCAGUGCUGACGGCAUGGCAGUCUUCGCAGUGCGUAGACAUAGGGCCAUUCUGAUUGGCUUAUAUUGAGAUACAACUUGAAUCUAGAUGGCUGUCAGAUUAAUAAAGUUGAGAAACAGAAUUGUUAUCACAGAAAUGCUCCGUCCUUUGGUAAAUAACGUCUAUGAAUAAGGGGGAAUGUAUUUAGUGUCUUGUUAGUCGAUAUUAUAUUUGAACUUCAAUGUACAGUAUAUUGGUUGUAGUUUUUAUUGCGGCAGAUUGCCUGUAAUUUUGAAAAUUUCUAUAUCUUUUUUCCGUUUAGAAAUUAGUACAUCACUCUAGUCUGGUAAAUAUUGAUGGUUGAAAAGCUAAUUACCUUGAGCGAAAUAUUUAAAAAAAAAUCACUAAAUUAAAAAAACAGAAAAUACCGCUGAUUUGUAAUAUGUCGCACUCUUAACAAAAUAAUGACCUAUUUCAAAAUUGUUAAUUUGUGGCAGUCGUUGGAAAACUAACUUUUGUUUGCUACUUUUUUUUGAAGUUGUUAUAAAAUUGAGCCUAUUAAAGAUAGGUAAAAAAUUAAACCUAUAGCAUGAAAAAAAGGGAAAAAAGUAAAAGGUCGCAAACAGAAAUUGGUUGUUUGACGAUUCCCACAAAUUGGCAAUUUUGGAAUGGGUCAUUAUUUUAUUAAGAGUGCGAUGUAUGAAACUUAGUAUCAAAAAAAAUGUCGCUAAGUCAAUUAACCUUUCAUCCAACGAUAUGUUGUAGAUUAUAAUCUAUGUUGUCUCGAAUGGACAACAUUCAUUAGCUAUCUUCAAUUACCUCUUCACAAGCAUUUAAAUAUUAGCAUUUAUAUAAAUUGAUAUUGCUUCUCUAUUAUUUAUAUAUAUAUUGAAAAUGAUGACCCAAAGACGUAUUUAACACGCCUUAUUAAUAAUUGAUCCAUAUAAUUAUGAUUUUCUUAUAUUUUUAUCAUCUUCACUUAGGUUAUAUAGACGUAUGCGUGUGAUAAAUAUAAUUAUAUAAAUUUCAACAGCCAAGCAAAGCUCAUAUAAUUGAUUAGUUUAAGACCAAUAUGAACAUCUAGUGCCAUUCGAAGGUCAUUAAGUUUGAUACCUGGGGGGUCUAGCCCCCAUCAGUUGUGUCUAAGUCCAUGUCUGCAUUGUAAUACAGUUCAGCGGGUAUUGAAUUUUAAUAUUUUAAUGUAAUAAAUGUAUCUUUGUAUUUAUUAUUGAUGUAUCGGGCUUAAUAACGACUGACUGUUAUUGUUUGAAUUGUUAAAUAAAAGACAUUUUUAUUA